AUGAACCGACGCCGCUCCAGAAAAAGGAUGCACACCAGACCUCCGCCAGCUCCACCAAACAAUGGCCCGCCCCAGCAAAUGCCCUCGAAAUCCAAAUUAGCAACCAUCAUCGGUAUGAGUAACAAAACGACGUGGAUGCAUCAAAAAAUACACUCCCUCAAGUUUAAAAAUGUAAAUUUCGAACAUCUGCGAUUCCUCUACAUGAAUAUUCAAAAAUCUAUAAAGGUCAUUCAAGACAGGAUUGCACGCGAACGCCUGAUUCUUAGUCGGGAUAGUGAUCUGUACAUGAUGAGAAAAAUGGAGCCAAGUAAAACAUUCGAACUUGAUAUGAGGGAUGUACCUAGUUCGACCAACAAUGGCAAAACUGGUGAAGAAGAGAAAGAAGAUGGCAAAGAUAAGGAAGAAGAUGAGUUUGACAAAUCUCGUCCCAUCCACAAAUCCACAAUUUUUUGCUUGAGCAACAGAGAUGAGGAGUUAAAAAAUAGUAGUGUCACAAAUUUUUUAUAUUGGCAAAAAUAA